UUCAUUCUUCGUCCGCCACUUCAGAAAUUCCGAGGCCACAAAUUCCCGAUACUUCUUCGCACUCCUGGCUCCAGUCCUCGCCGUUCCGUCCCCGUUGCUGUCGUCGGCGUCGGUGUCCCCAGCUUCCGUGGCACUGCUUUUAGCCUUUCACCGUAUUCUCCUGUGGGGGAAAAUAUCUGUUUUUGCUAUUCUUGCUUGAUCUGUCGCCAAUGGGAGUGGAGGCGCCAAAUACAGCACAGAAUACUUCAGCUGCAUUGACGGAGGAGAAUAUAGAUGCCUUGCUUGAGGCUGCACGAUAUGAUGAUAUGGAUGAUCUUGUGAGCCUAGCUUCUAUUGGUGUUCCCCUUGAUUCCAAGGAUUUACAAGGAAGAACGGCUCUUCACAUGGCCGCUGCCAAUGGACAUCUUGACAUUGUGGACUACUUAAUCAGUAGAGGAGUGGAUGUUAAUUCAUCAAAUGAAGAGAAGAAUACACCACUUCAUUGGGCUUGUCUCAAUGGACAUGUUGAGGUGGUGAAGAAAUUGAUACUGUCAGGAGCUAAUGUUGGUGUUUUAAAUGGUUAUGAGCGGACUCCCAUGGAUGAAGCAGUGAGUAGGGGAAAGCUACAAGUGAUGGAUGCUAUAAACGAAGCAGUAACACAAGUUGAACUUACUGGAACCAGGGUUUCUGCAUAAGAAACCUGUUAGUUUAAUCUUUAUUUUUCUUUUUGGACAACUGAUCUUCAAGCGUUGUAUUAUUAUUAGCUUAUUUUGAAAUAUUUAAUUCAAUGA